AUGUCGUGGCAAGGUGGUUCAACGUAUCAAGAUCCUAAUCAACAAUAUUAUGGCGGUUAUCCACCGCAAGGCGGCUACCCACCACAAGGUGGCUAUCCACCACAAGGCGGUUAUCCACCAAAUAGUGGUUACGCUCCCGCCGGAGGAUAUCCUCCAACCGGUGGUUACCCACCUGCAGGAGGUUACCCACCAGGUGGUUACGCACCACAACCUGGCUUUGUUGUGCCACCACCAGCUGGCGGUGGUUAUGGCGCCUAUGAUGAUCCCGAAUCGCAACCAAAGAAUUUCUCUUUUGAUGAUAUGAGCAUUCGUAGAGGAUUUAUACGCAAAGUUUACUUGAUACUUAUGGGCCAGUUGGUUGUAACAUUUGGUUUCGUCGCACUGUUUGUUUUCCAUGAACCCACCAAAAGAUUCGCACAACAGAAUAGAUAUCUCAUGUGGGUUGCAUUAGCCGUUUUGCUUGUUACAAUGAUAUGUAUGGCUUGCUGUGAGAGUGUGCGCCGUCAAACACCAAUGAAUUUUAUUUUCCUCGGCUUAUUCACAUUAGCAGAAUCAUUCUUAAUGGGUGUUUCCGCAACCCGAUUUGCACCGGUAGAAGUACUCAUGGCAGUGGGCGUUACAGCAUUGGUUUGUCUCGCUUUAACACUCUUUGCUACACAAACCAAAUACGAUUUCACCAUGUGCGGAGGUAUCUUAGUAGUGGCAAUGGUUAUAUUCCUUGUUUUUGGAAUUGUGGCCAUAUUCCUACCAGGCAAAACUAUGACAUUAGUUUUCUCCUCCAUUGGCGCUCUACUCUUCUCUGUUUACCUCAUUUACGAUACUCAGCUGAUGAUGGGCGGUGAACAUAAGUACUCGAUUAGUCCUGAAGAGUAUAUAUUUGCUGCUUUAAAUCUAUAUUUGGAUAUUGUAAACAUCUUUAUGUACAUUUUGACAAUAAUCGGCGCAUCCAGGGACUAGGAAUAAAUGUACUGAAAAAAUUUUGAGUAGAGAUCUAUAGAUCUCUAAGAAGAUAUUUGUUUUCUAUACUUUUCAAUUUUUUAAAAUUCCGUUUUCUAUAGAAUAAUGUGUGUAUUAAAAUAUUUUUGUGCUUAUUUUCUGUAUGUACUACAUAUAUAUGUUAGGAUCAGUGAAUCUCGAACCAUAUUAAUUAAAUUUUGAAUUUAAACUGUGCUAGGUACAAAGCUUAAACCAUACUUAUUAUACAUAUGUAAUACUGACUCUGACUGUCUCUGGUAAAAAAUUUUUUCUUUCUAAAAAUGUAGCACAGUUGAAAAUAAACACCACUUAAAGUUGUUAAAUGCAUUUCUUUCUAAAAAAAAAAAUACAAAAAUUAAUAAACAACUAAUAUUUGAGGGGAAUAUUUAGAAAUCGACAGUUGAAAUAUACUAAUAAAGUCAUAUUUUCUUAAAAAUGACUAAGAAGUAACACUUGCAAGCCGAAAGAAUAUUAGCCAAAAAGUAAAGAAAAAGUUAUUAAUUGUUAUCACUAUUACACAAUACUAUUAAUAUACAAAUAUAGAUAUAUACGAGUAUACAUGUAUGCAUAGCGAGAUCGGCUAUUCUUUUUUCCUUAAAUUUUUAGUUUUGUUUUUUUGUUUAUUCUAUGUGUAGUUGUAGUAUUAUUUUCAAAAUUACUUUAGAAAUGGAUAUUUACAUUUAAUAAUUAUAAAAGGCUUCAUUUUCCAAAUUAUUACUACGAUAUUAACGAAAGUACAUAAGAAUCGCUAACAGUACUGAUGCGUAACUAUUUGCUAAUUCCAAACAAAAAUGCGUUUAGAUAUUAGGAAUCACUACCGAUUCCAAAUUAUAAAGGCUAACAAAAAGUUAAGAAGAUUUUGUUUAUAAAUCGUUUAUUAAUUUAAAAAAAAAUGUAUUUUGCUUUGUGCGCUCGAAGCAAAUUCUGUAAAAAAAAAUGUGAAAUUAAACAAACAAAAAAGCGAAUGAAAACCGUGAAGCUCGAAAAUCAUAAGAACUGUUUUGAGUUGAGUAUUCAAUUAA